UCGUUUGCUUUUAUUCCCGUACCCAAAUGAGCCUCUCCAUGCAAUCUUCUUCUCCAAAAAGAUAGCAGCAGAGAUGGAACAAAGAGCAAGCACAGGAAGAGCAGUGAAUGAGACAACAGACAAGACUCAAAUCCAUUCCCACAUGAAGGAAGAUCAAGAACACGGUGAAAAGUUCAGUGCCCCACAAGAUUCAGCUCAAUCUGAUUCCGAUGCAUCAAAUGCUGAGAUAAGAGAAGAAACACAAGUCCCUUCUCCUGAGGUUGAUAAUGGCGGUCGGCGUGAUUCAGACAAAAAGCUGGGGCGGAUAAGUCCAUCCGUACCCACCCGAGCAGAACAUGAGACCGACAACAACAGCGAAGGAGAUCACCACACGCAGGAAGAGGAAGAGCAACAAGAGGAGGAGGAAGAAGAAGAAGAGAAAGGCAGGGAGAGGCUGAAGCGACACCAGGCUGAGGUCGCGGGGUGCGUUGGGAUACCGGAGAUUUGGGGUCAAGAGGAGCUGUUGAAGGAUUGGGUGGAUUGCUCUGUCUUUGAGGCUUCCCUAGUGCCUGCUAAGAUCAUUUCAGCUAAAGCAGCUUUGGCUGAGGAGGGAAGGAAAGCUAAUUCUGAUGGGCUGGGGAUAGAUAACAGCUGCUGAAUUUAUUUAUUUUUCCCUAAUUUUCUUUCGUUUUCCUCUUUUCAGUCAAUCUGGAACCUGAGAUCAUGUAGAUCAUUCAACGUUUUACAUUUGAACAUGAAAAUCAGUUCCAAUGUGUGUUGUUCAACCACGGAAAA